AUGUCCAUCGACACUUUGGGCCCUUCUGUCCGACGAUUAGUCAGACCGCCAGAAAGCACGGACUCGUCUACGGGCCAGCGCAAACCAAGCGCUGUGGAACGCCUGGAGGCCGACAAGGCUAAAUAUGUCAAGAGCCAGCAGGUUGCACUUAACAGGCAGCUGCCAAUCAUCCGCAAGCCCUUAGUGCCUCCCUGCAACAGUGCGCAGCUUCGGCCAGGCGCUCCCCAGCCGACUCGCAAAGUGGCUCGUUCUUCUGAAAAGCCUGAUACCUCAGUUCUCUACCUGGAACAUCUAAACAGCCUGAUUAAUGGAGUCAGUGAUCCACUUGUACCUUCUACUCCUGCUCAUCCACAGCGUGCUGAAAAAAGUGUAGAUUCAGCCGGCUUUAAUCCAUCUCAACUUCCCUCUCCGACAGAAUCUGCUCUAAAGUCCGUUUCAUCUCCUAUAACUCAGGGCAAAUCCACAGUAGACGGUUUGGCGUCUACAUCUACAGCAACAGUAAGGAGGGUUGAUGUAAGACCGCAGGUGGCUUUGCCACAGAUGAGAAGGCCGUGCCGGAUGCAGUUACCUGAGCAGCGUCUCCACUCUCAACUUCUGCAACUCCUAAGACCGUACACGCAUGCCCAACCAUCUCCACUGCUACUUCAACCAACUGUUAAACCCCCCAACAAUCCAGUGCAGCCUUUACCGGCCUCAGCAGAACCUUUAUCUCAGGCUUUGCCUCCUUCUGAAUCUCCAGCUGAACAAGUAUCACCAAGCCACAACGCCAUUCCACCUCCAUCUCCUGCUGUCACCAACCGGUCAUCCGUUACCUCUAAGAAGCGACGAUCGCUCACACGCUCAAAGUCUGAUGUGAGUGAUCGUUUCUCCCGCGCCGGCGCUGACGUCGAGCGCUUCUUCAACUACUGUGGCCUCGAACCAACAGACUUUAGUGAUCUGGCACCUGGUUCAGACAUAGCAUCCCUUUCACGCCUCCGUAGUGCCAGUGCUCCCGCCUCUGAGCACACAGCAGAUGGAAAUGAAGAGGAGGAGGAAGAAGCAGCCAAAGAGGAAAAACCUAGCUAUGGUAUUUCAGUUAUAGAAAGGAACGCAAGGGUGAUUAAGUGGUUGUAUGAACUGCGCCAGGUGAAGGACAGCACAAAAGUGGCUAACAUAUAGACUGCACGGACCUAAUGUAAGGCAUGUAAAAUUCUUUUUUGCUGCUAUUACGGUGCAGUA